UUCUUUUUGUCAAGCCUCCUCUGUAUUAACAGGAUGACCCUUCUCGACUACCCCAUUCCAGAUCUGGAUGUUACCUUGCAAGAAGUGAGCCGUGUUCUGCAGCUUACUUUAGGUCCCGAUCUUUACCCAGAGUUCAAAAGAACGUUGCAACAACAAAGAGAGCUCCUUAAAGAAGCCCAGCAGAAAUUAGCAACCAGUGCUGCAGGCCAAGAGAACUGGGUGACAAAGCAGUUCAAAAGAGGUCUGUUGUCUUGUGCUGACCCUCUCCCCAUCUCCACAGCACUCCCUGUAAUUCUUCUUCCAUCUAAAGCAAAGAAAUGUAACCAGCUUAGUAGAGCAGCUGCUCUGCUCUGGGCAGCAGCAAAGCUUUACAAUGAGCCCGUCUUAUUGGAAGGCAAUAUUCCAAUGGAGCACACCCAGCAGGCUGAAGUAUUCGCUGCCACCCGUAUUCCUGGGAGGGUUCAAGAUGAAAUUAAGAUCUUCCCUGACAGCCUCCAUGCUGUCAUUACCUGUGUUGGCGGAGUGUUCCCUGUUGACAUACUGUGGCGACCGAGCACUGGUGGGCCAGUUUCUGCGCGGUCAUUUAUUGACAUCUAUAACCAGCUUGCUCAGGUGAUGGCUCAACCCAGGGCAGGGAAACAAAAUGAUCCUUCAUCCAUUUGCAACCUCACAGCUCUGGAGCGUAAGACCUGGGCUGCGAGAAGGGAAAAGAUCCUUGAGGAAGGAGGAACAGCACUGACAUCACUAAGGCUGAUGGAGAGUGCUAUACUUACGCUCUGUCUGGAAGACUAUGAUGCACCCUCUGAACUGGCUGAUAUCCUCAAUGCAGUGAGGCUGGGAGGAGGAGGACACAAUCCAUCUCUGAGAUACUAUGACAAGGUGUUGAACCUGGUUGUGUUCAAAAACUGCACAGCUGGAAUGGUGUUUGAGCACAGUGCUGUGGAUGGGAUGGUGGCUGGGCUUGUGACUGAACAUGUGUAUGAUCUGUCGGAGACUGUUGACUUAAACCCACUGCAUACUGGCACUGAAAACAUGACUGGAUCUGUUGCAGUAAACAAUAUUAAUUCUGUUUGUCCCCAUCCUCUACCAUUCCCUUUACAGGGUGUAAAUACCCCCCAACAGAGCCUCGAUUUAAAAACAAACCACCCAGUUCUCACCUUUGACAUCUCCUCCUAUCCUGAUGUCUUCUCUACUCUCAGAGGGCACAGAGGUCUAUAUGAUGCCUGGAUCAACUUCUCUUUGCAGCUCUCCAUGAGGCAGACCUUUGGGGAAGCUGCUUCAAAUCACAUACUUGUCACACCUUCCCAUAUGCGCCACUACAAACAUGGUCGUUGUGAUCCUACAUACUCAAUCACCACGCAUUCUCGUCAGUUAGUAGGUGCCCUGGCAUCCUGCAUUGGUCCAGAUAACGCCAUCCAAUACACUACUGACCUACUGCAGUUGUUCCAUGUUGCAUUUCUGGAGCAUAAGAAGCUAAUAAAAAACACCAAAUGUGGUCAAGGUGUUGGCCCCCACCUAGCUGCUCUGCGCCGAGCUUUGCCAUCUGAAAAUCCCUUGAAAAGGUUCCUGGACCCUUUUGGGUGUCCGUCUGUGUAUCUGACAGGUACAGAUCUCAUGGAAGGAGUAGAGUGCGGAGUAGGAAAUGUCUAUGCUCAAGAUCAGUUGGCUGUAACCUACCUUGGGAAGAGGGACAAGGUUCGCAUUGUGCUUAAUGGGAAAGGUAGCUUUGCUCUUGCACUAGACAAGCUCCAACAAAACCUCAAGAUGAACCUGAAGUUAUUGAUGCUUCUAGCUGUUAGAUAUGCCAUUGCAAGCGAAAUGGGAGCCCUUGAGUGUCUACUUCAGCAGGGUCAAAAAGAGAAACUUAAUGGAGAGAAAAUUCAUUAUCCAGAGAGCACAGACAAAAGCACUGCUGGUAGUACCCUUGGCAUGAGUCCAGACUACACUCUAGUGAUUCAUGGGGGUGCUGGAGAAGAGAUAAUGCUGAACUCCCAAGUAAUAGGGGUCAUUGAGUUUGCUCUACAAACAGCCUUAACUCUCGGAUCCCAAGUGCUUCAACAAGGUGGCAGUAGUCUGGAUGCAGUUCAGAGGUCAGUGGAAGCUCUGGAAGACUGCUUUCUGUUCAAUGCAGGUAAAGGUUCUGUAUUUAACAAAAAUGGCAAAAAUGAAAUGGAAGCAACCAUUGUGGAUGGCAGUACAAAGAAGUCAGGAUCUGUUGCCUGUGUGCAAAGUCUAAAGAACCCAAUAAAAGCAGCUAGGUGUGUAAUGGAUAAAAGCUCACAUGCACUGAUCGUGGGAGACGGAGUUGAAGAGUUUUUUGAAGAGCUUGAGGAAAAGCAGAAGCCCGUUGGCCCUGAGUAUUUCUACACUGAUGUACGUCACAGAGAGUUAACUGCAAAACUCAGUAGUGGAAAAAACUCCAAAAACAAUCAUCCACAGACAGUUGGUGCUGUGGCCUUGGAUCGCUGGAAUAGAUUGGCUGCUGCAACCUCUACAGGCGGGUUGGUAGGAAAGCUGAAAGGGCGAGUUGGGGACACAGCAGUAGUAGGAGCAGGUAUAUAUGCUGAUGACAAGUUAGCCAUUACCUGCUCUGGAGAUGGGGAUGUCUUUUUGAGGAACACAGUUGCUCAGAAAAUAGCAAGUCUAUACCAUCAUAAAGGCCACAGCCUUAGGGAAGCGUGCAGAGAAGUGAUAGCUGAAGAUCUGAAGGAGAUCUGUGCUGGAAUCAUUGCUGUGGACGCUAAAGGUGAUGCCGUCAUUGAGACAAAUGCUGGUGUGAUCUUUGUGGCCUCAAUGAUUUGUGGCAUUUCACGAGUAGAGGUCCUCAGACCCCUGAGAGAUCCCCCUAAUGUUAUCUGGGAAACAGAUGAGCUUGUUGCUUAUCUAAAUCCCAAACCCUGGAUCCCUGGAGCAACGAUUCUGACUAGAAAAACUCUUAGUGGGGCAAGCAGCAUCUUCCACUUAGCUACAGCUGAUUUUGUUGCUAUGCUACAAGGAGCAAGAGUUGUCUCAAACUUGCUAUGUGAGCGACUGGGAGUGCAGCGUUGUGCCUUGGUAUUCAAUCCAAGUCCUGGUGAGCCAGCACAAAUCAGACUCCUCCCUCUUCAUGGCUUAGAGCCAAAAUGGCAGCCCCAUCUUGCUAGUGAAGAAGAGUUCCACGCUUAUAAUCCUGGCUAUUGCACCUCAAAAAGUGGUCCACGCUGGGAUAAUGAAACACUGGCUCGGGUUCAAGAUAAGGUUAGAAGUGCACUGCCAACACCAAAUGCACCUUUUUGCUAUGAUUUUUUGGGGGACCUAUCCAAUGACAACCUGUUCAGUCGCAUUGUUCGUGGGGAGCAGCAACAGUGGAGAGUGUGGGAAGACAGUGAGUUUGUUGCCUUUCUGACACCUUAUCCAAACAGUCCUGGUCUAACUGUUGUGGUGCCACGCAAACCUCUGUCCAGUGACAUCUUCAAACUGAAGGAACCUGACUACACAGCACUGAUCUUGGCCACUUACAAAGUUGCUCGACUGCUGGAAGAGGGGAUGAAAGCUCCAAGUGUUGCACUGAUCUUUGAGGGAUUUGAGAUCGACUAUGCUCAUGCCAAGUUGAUCCCUCUGUUACCUUCACCAGAUGGCACUAAACCUGCUGAGCUGCAAACAGAAUGCUUCCAAAGCUACCCUGGAUAUGUUUCAUCACUGAAUGGUCCACCCGCUGACUCUGAAACCCUCAAAACCAUCCACUUGAAAAUUACCCAGUGCAAGCCUGCUCGUUCCUGGACAGAUCCUGACUCUCACUCCAUGGCAGCCAUCAAGAGCCAGUGGUAUCGAAACCUUUUCAAGAUCCAAAACACUCUUUUCCACAGCACAGUGGAAUACUUCAACAGUUCCUGCCAGUACUCAUAUGCUCUGACACCUCUCACCACUGACACCAUCUCCUCACCAAUGGGCCUGGGUUCUGACUCAGAGCCAGUUUCUGUCAAUCUCCUGGGCCAGGGUGUGUACCUUGCUGACUCAAUGCAAUUUGUCCUGGAAUACUUCCUUCGCUUCCAGGAAAACCUGCCAGGGACCUACUACAUAUCUCCCAGCUUCAGAGGGGAAGAUCCUGAUGCCACACACUUAAACCAGUUCUAUCAUGUGGAGUGUGAACUGCAGGGUGACAUGGACAAUGCAAUGUCCAUAGCAGAGGGAUACUUGGUUCAUCUCACCAAGUCCAUGUUGAAGAAACACUCAGAUAUAAUCCUGAACACUGCUGGGACCCUUGCACAUGUCACAGCUCUGCUCAGUAAGCUGGAGGGAAAAUCCAGACUUUCAAGAGUCUCUCUAGACCAGGCCAUCCCCAUGAUGCCCUCUGCUGACUGUUUAGAGUGGGUCCAAGAUGGUCAGCCGAAUUUUGGCAGAAAGUUAACACGUAAAGGAGAGCGGGUUUUAAUCGAGAAAUAUGGUGGAGCUGUUUGGCUGACCGAGAUGGACCAUCUGGCAGUUCCAUUCUACCAAGCAUAUGUGGAGGGCACUGGGCAACGCAAAGCCAAAGCUGCCGACCUUUUGCUGGGGCUGGGUGAGACUGUAGGUCUUGGUGAACGCCAUUCAACUCCUGAGAUCGUACAAGAGGCUCUGAGGCAUCAUGGAGUGUCAGAGCAAUCUUAUAAAUGGUACAUUAACAUGCGCCAAGUGAAACCACUCCUCACCAGUGGAUGGGGUAUGGGGACCGAGCGCUACUUGUGUUGGUUGCUCCAGCAUGAUGAUGUCAGGGAUAUACAUAUCAUCCCCAGGAUGAAAGGGGUUAAGUACAUGCCUUGAUUAUGAGUUUUCCACAUUUUUCAAGCCAUUGAAAUUGACUUGAAAAAUGGCUAUAAUGCAUGUGGAAUUGUACCAUGAAAAUGUUUCAGUAAUCCCUAGAUUACUAGAAUUUUCCUCAUAUGUCUUGGACAGAAGAAAUCUCUUAGAGCUCCCUUAGUGCAACCUGGUCAUUGACACUCUGCAAAUUUUUACAACUCCAGCAGAAGCUGUAAAAGAAAAAAAAUAUGUAUUUAAAUGUAGAGUGGUAAGAUCACAGCAUUAAUGUGUGUGGAAAUGCAUGAACCAUUAAUCGAUUUUGAAUUAUGUAUACAUGUUCUUGUAAUGAGACUGAUUCUCAC